UUCUCACACGAAUCUCAAGAGACAGCUAAUGCCUUCCCCGGACAGAAUUCCUGUGUUUUCAAACUAUAUAAACUAUAUAAAGCAUCACAAUAUGGAUUUAAAACCAGCACCAACCAAGACGUUUGUUACUCAAGUUCACCUUACUCUGGAAUGUCCUUUAAAGAAGAAAUCUCAUUGUUUUAAUUCUAAAGAAAACCAACAGAGUUCUUCAGUUAAUCCACUUGAACGUGAAGAAGACCAUUCUAGCACGAAAAUUCUUGGUUCAUACAAUGCUGAAUUGAUUUCAUCCAUACUCAGUUCACAGAUAAUUGAUAAGAAUGAAUUGGAAGACAAUGAUCUCCUAUUUAGUUUGCACUCUGGCACAGAGCCUACAUUGUGGCAUAUACAGCAAUCUUUGGCUGAUCGCACUUCACUUGGAAUUAGCAGAGAAUUCACACGGCUUCCAAGCACACUGGAGAUCCAAAAGCCCGUAGACAUGAAGAUUAUACACAGGAAAAUCUUGUACCCUACAGAAGAAAAGCAAGUCAUGCAUAUGAACAAAGGAUUUUCUUCUAUUACAAUUACAGCCAGAAGAAAUAUUGCAUCAUUAAAACAUGCUCUGAAGGAAAUUGCCAGUGACCCAGCUCCGUCUAUCUUCAAAAAUAUUGAUUUAUUAAUGAAGAUUCCUAUUUCCUCUGUUGAACGAGAUCAACAUUGUAGAUACUUAGAUGGCCAAGAAUGGUCUAUACAGAGUUGCACAAGCCACAGAAUAUUUAAUUGUAAGAGAGGGUGGAGAACAGUUUUGAUUUCUAAUGCCAAAUUAAACACAGAGGGCGGAAAUAAGAAAGCCCCAUUUUUUAUCUCUUAUGUCCAUGCUCAAGUGAACCAGGCAUGUCCAGGUGUUAUUUACUAUGUUGACAGAUCAUUUUCCUUACCUAUCGGUAAUGUUCAUGUAGCAGAUCAAGCAACUUAUUGCUCAACAUUAUCCUUUCAAAUAAAAUACCAUUCAUCAAAAGUAGUUAGCACCAACAGAAAGAACAUUCUUAAGACGCAAAGACUUGAUGGUAUCAGGGUUGAUAAAGCAUCACUUAAAAUGGAAAGCCAGCAAAGGCAGGCCAAUUACCAGCCACAUAUCAUCAAAUCUACAUCAUUAAAAGAUCUACCUGAUACAUUUCAUCAUUUAAAAUGUGAAAAGAACUACGAAGCCCCAGUAGAUCAACCAGAUGGACACAAUCAUGGACUGUGUAAAGACAUUUUGAAUUGUCUAAAUACUAAAGCUUCCAGUGUAGGAGUCAGAAAAGAAGAACAAAUCCCUAUUUCCAAUAUUUAUUCACAUAAAAAUGAUCCUCCAAACUACUUUAGUGCCCUUGGAGCAGAAAGAUCAAACAUUACACGGUUUAAUUUCAUUUUUGGAAGACAAAUUUCAAAACUCGACAAGGAAAAACAGAAGCUACAUAAGGAAAAUCUUCCUCCAAAUGGUUCUAAACAAGUGAUUGACAUUUAUUCUGCAGAGCACAUGUCAAUAACAUCAGAGACUAAAAAUAACAUAGUGUUUUAUCAACCGGGACAAAUUAAUGAAAACAAGGACAUUUUACCAGCGAUGAUGAGUCUGAGGGACGCCCUAGAACAUCGUAGGCCAGACUUUAUCACUAAUUCCAAAGAACGGCUACGCAAGCUUGAACUUAUGGUACAUCGCAGGAAAUUCCAACAGGGCCAAGAAUCACCAAAUGGCAAACCACAAAAGUUUCUACCAAAACCUACUUCCAUCAGAAGGAAAAUCUUCACGGUGCCUCAUCCGCUGAGUGAUAACUUAUUUAAACCAAAGGAAAGGACUAUUUCUGAGCAAGAGAUGCAGAAAAGAUCUAAAAGGAUUUAUAAUAGUUUGCCCGAAGUAAAAAAGAAAAAAGAGGAAGAGGAAAAAAGGAUGAUAACACUGAAUAACAGAAUGAGAGCUGAACUAUUCAAAAAGAAACUCCUGGACCAGGUUCUGCAAAGAAAUACUGCCUGAUAUCAGACUGCAUACUGUAAGGAUGACUUUUCUUUAGUUGGGAUCUAACUAAGGACACAGCAUCUAUAGCGCGAUUCAAUAAUUCUUGUCC